UGGCUUCCUCAUCUAAGUGGAAGACCUCCCCCCCUCCCCCCCCCCAAAAGCCUAACCCGAACCCUAACCGUAGAAUUUGAUCACGGGUAGAGGCAAAGCUCUUCCUACGAUCGGAUUCCGCUCUUCGUCCUCUUUAUUAAGGAUUUUGUGGUAGAUCAUUGUACGAAGAUGAGUGGCUUGGGACAGACUGCAUCGCAGUCGCAGUUCAUUGCAAGCCAUGGGAAUCGAACCAUCUCCAACGGCCCAAAUGUUCCUCUGAUUGACAACAUCGAUGCUGAACAGAUCAUUGUUCCUGAGAGAAAGAGUUGGAAGAAUUUGUUUGCGUAUAUUGGCCCAGGAUUUCUUGUUUCCAUUGCAUAUAUAGAUCCUGGCAACUUUGAGACGGAUUUACAGGCAGGAGCCCAAUAUAAGUAUGAGCUACUAUGGAUCAUACUUGUGGCUUCCUGUGCUGCUCUUAUUAUUCAAUCCCUAGCAGCCAAGCUAGGGGUUGUCACAGGGAAGCAUUUAGCUGAGCAUUGUAGAGCUGAAUAUCCAAAGGUCCCAAACUUUAUCUUGUGGAUCCUUGCUGAACUUGCUGUGGUUGCAUGUGACAUUCCUGAAGUAAUUGGAACGGCAUUUGCAUUGAAUAUGCUCUUCAGAAUUCCAGUAUGGUGUGGUGUUCUUAUCACGGGUCUUAGUACUCUGAUGCUUCUAUUAUUACAGCAAUAUGGGGUUCGGAAACUUGAGUUUCUAAUAGCUUUUCUGGUAUUUACAAUGGCUUCCUGUUUCUUUGUGGAACUUGGUUAUGCAAAGCCAAACUCAUCAGAGGUUUUAAAAGGACUUUUUGUUCCACAACUUAAAGGAAAUGGUGCCACAGGUCUUGCUAUCUCACUGCUUGGUGCGAUGGUCAUGCCGCACAACCUUUUUCUCCAUUCAGCAUUGGUGCUGUCUAGGAAAAUACCACGCUCAAUUCAUGGAAUCAAAGAGGCAUACAGGUUUUAUACUAUUGAAAGUGCACUUGCUCUUUUUGUGGCUUUUCUGAUCAAUGUAUCUGUUAUUUCUGUAAGUGGUGCUGUCUGUAGCUCAGACAAUCUGAGUCCUGAAGAUCAAAGGAACUGCGAGGAUCUAGAUCUCAACAAAGCUUCAUUUUUACUAAGAAAUGUCCUAGGAAAAUGGAGUUCAAAGCUAUUUGCUUUUGCUUUAUUGGCAUCUGGUCAGAGUUCUACAAUUACAGGAACCUAUGCUGGGCAGUAUGUCAUGCAGGGCUUUCUUGAUCUACGGAUUACACCAUGGAUACGGAAUAUGUUGACUCGAUCAUUAGCGAUUGUCCCAAGUCUAAUUGUUGCACUAAUUGGUGGCUCUUCUGCAGCUGGAAAGCUGAUAAUUAUUGCUUCGAUGAUUUUGUCGUUUGAACUUCCUUUUGCUCUUGUUCCACUCCUUAAGUUUACCAGCAGCAAGACCAAGAUGGGCUCAUAUUCCAAUUCAAUUAUAAUCUCAUCAAUCACUUGGAUAAUAAGCUCAUCUAUUGUGGCCAUCAAUAGCUACUAUCUCAUAACCGGUUUUAUCAACUUGCUUUUACACAAUGGGCUGAAAACUGUAUCCAUUGUGUUUGCUGGAAUCGUUGGUUUUUCAGGCAUGCUGGUUUAUGCGGCUGCAAUCCUUUAUUUGGUCAUUCGGAAAAAUAGCAAGUCUACCCAACCAUUGUGGCUUGAUGAAGCUGAACUUGGACAGAGUUGCAACAAUUCUGGCAUUGAGAUUAGCAAUUCAAUCUAUGCUUUGCCUCGUGAGGACAUUACAAGCAUGCAACUCCCCCAAACAAGAUCAACAUUAGAUCUUGACUAAGUAAUCUCUCUCU